AAAGCAUGAGUAUUCUGUUUCUGGCCUAUAUUUUUCUUGGGUUUGCUAAUUUAGUAACAUCCCAGAGCACCAUUAGAUGUAGGUCGUGUAACCGAGCAAGUACAUUGUCUGAUUGCAACAAGCUUGUUGUUUGUGACGCCACACUCGAGGAUUGCUACAUGGAUCAGAUAUUAACGGAUCAACUAACAGUUGUGUAUGAAGGCGGCUGCAGAGCAAAGACUGUUUGUUCCAGUAGUGGAAGAAAACGAAAUGACUUCAUUGCAUGUUCAAGGUGUUGUGAUUAUGAAGAGGAUUGUAACAGACAUUUGUGUGGGAUUAAGGAUGACACUAUAAGCAUCAGUCAGUGCUACAGCUGUGAUUAUAGGACCUCGGAACAGUCCGAAGUGAAAGAUCCGAAAUCCUGUGUAACUCUAGAUACAUGUCAACCAAAUGAGGUUUGCUAUGCUACCAUGUCAGAUAUUGGCGGGAAAGACACGUUUUUCUAUGGUUGUUUGAGCAAGCUUCAAUGUCGUUUUUUGAUGAAUAAUGCUUACAAUGAAUAUAAAAUGUGUGUUACAAGAUCAGUACAACCUCCCCCUGGAAUGACAUAUGAUCAGGCCUGUGGUCAUAUAGGAAAACGUGCGACAUCACUUUGCCAUUCAUGCUGUGCUGAUGGUGGUUGUAAUUAUGGGACAUGUCAAGAAUUAAACGCUCGGAUUUUCAGACUGGCAGAUGCAGGAAAGUUUGAUAUGAAUACCUUAAAGGUCAUAUAAGAAAUUGCUGCAGUGCACAUACCAUUAACUUGUUUAUCGAUUAAACAAAUAAAUGAAAGAUUGAGA